AUUGACUGUCAAACGGAAACCUUUUUUUUAGACUGAACAAGGUGGUGGGAAUUCGAUAUUUUGAUAAAAUUCCCUACAACAAUUCUGAGAACAUAUUGAAGUUGGUGUCUUUGGAGUUUCUUACAGGAUAUGAAUAUACUUACAUGUAGGUGGCGAUUAUUGCAGAAAGAGGUCAUAUUGUGCUGUAGUUUAGAUCGAUCAAUCCACGCAAAAUCAACAUCAAAUAAAGGAUAAUAAAUGGACAAGGGUUUCUACAGUAUUCUCGUUCUGAUUUUGCUGCAAUAUCAGAUGUGUGAAUGUGGAUACUGUAAGGACGCUGUCGACAGUGUAGAAAUUGUUACAUCCUGUCCAACUUCGAAGAGAGAGUGGGAUAUUGCUGCCCGUAAAAAGAACUGUGAAAGAAUAGCAUCCAGGCAAAAGUGUGAUUCUGUUGAAAAAUUUAAGUACCACUGUGUUAUCAACGGAUUCAGAAAUGAAAUGGUGGAAGUGUGUGCACCCUCAAGAAUAAUUUUCGGACAUUGCACAGAGUUUAAUGUUCAUGGUGGAGUAAUUCAAGAUCAGCUGUCGACUCCCUGCAACAAUACGUUUCCCAAAUGUGAAAUGAUCUAUAACUCAUUGGAUGCGUACAAAUUUCCUGAUUGCUAUAAUCUUGUAACAAACGGCGUGGUUUUAUCGACAAUGCCAAAUUCAUCAGCAACUGAUCAACCUGGCUUUGUGGAAACAGCGACCAUAAUAGCAGCUGUUAAUGCGAUCUCGUUCCUGAUUGUUAUAAUAAUAAUAAUAAUAGCAUUCAGAAAUAAAAAAAAGUUCCCAUGCUGCUCGUUUACAAGUCAACCUACAACAACAUCAGAAAAAACUGGGUCUAGUGUUCGUCUUCUACUUACUAGCAUAGAUGUCAAAUAAUACGGGACACAAAGUUUAAAGAAAAGAUGAAGUAGAGACGUACAAAAAGACAAGAAAAUGCAAAAUCUGAAUGUCGCUACGGAUAAACAGAAGUGAAUUGACCUUCUUGUUUUACAUGCAUCAACGUACAAUGUACAUGUGAGGGACUUAGAUUUUAGGACAUCUAUUAUAAAGAAGAUCGAUCAAGUGUGUUUGAAAUAGAUAUUUAUUCAUAGCAUCUUACUUUAUUUAUUAGCAUAUAAAUGUCUGGAAACUGUUUUUGGUGAAAUCAAAAUGUGAAGAAAAAAAGAUGCAAGAAUUAAUUACCUGCCUUCUCUCUCUUUUUUAAAAAUAUCAUUUAUCAUCAUUAUAUUUAGGACAUUGUUAUGAUUUGUAUCUUCUCAUAAUUUUUUAUUGUUCAUGUGUAUGUUAACUUCAGCAAAAUCUUUAAUUAAAGUUUACAGGUAUAGGUAACUAUGAAACACUAAGCUAGCUUUGAAAUAUUAUUGUUAUUAUUAAAUUAUCUCGAUCAAAUAAAUGUGGAAAAUAAGAAAUUUGAUAUUUGAAAACAAAUCUUUUAUAUGAAUGUUUUUUGUGAAAUUUCUAUCUUCUACCACGAUUUUGAUAAUUUUCAUACGAUGAUGUAAAAAAAAUUGGCGGGGCCUAAUUGGAGUCAAUACAUGUAAUUUGGCUCGUUUUUAUUGUAAUAAUUAAAAAAAUAUAUCAAUGGUUUUUCGGACCAAUUAGAGUAAAUCUUGUUCUGCUAUGAAUGAAAAAAAAUGAGUGGAUGGUCUUUAGUACAAUAGUGGAUAUAUACAACUGAUGAAAUUGCUUGACAGUUCUCAUUUACAUAUCACAUGACAUUAUUUAUAGCCAAAUUUCUCACCAGUCAGAUGAAAACUAUGCAAUGUAUUAGAAAUUAUAACCGUUGAAUACAACUUAACAAAUUCGCAUGAAUUAAGAACGAAUACAGGAGUCUUGCUAAUCCUUGUUGAAGUCUCCCAUCAGCUCAGUUAGUGUGGAAGCUGUUCCAGACGAGUAGGAAUGUGUUACCAGUAGGACAAUGCAGUAAUUAUUUAGGACAGAAACCAGGGCAAAAACGAUGGCACGAUGUUAAAAUGUUAAUCCUUAAAAAAAUCGUUUUAUGGCGUUUUUUUAAAUCAAUUCAA